UCGCCGCCGCCUCAGUCUACCUCAGGAGGUCGGUCGCCGGGGCCGCCGCUCGCCUUCGCUUCCCACCGCCGGAGCGGCCAGGAGCCGGGACCGGGGGACGCCCACCCGCCCGGGCGCUUCCGUGAGGGAGAGAAGGAGGCCGCGGGGUCGGCGGGGGAUGGGCGAGGAAAAGGCCCCGGAAGAAUGGGCGGGAAGCUCGUGAGGAGGGGGCGGAGCCGCCGGCGGAGGGAGGGGCCUCUGACGCAGGAGGGGCGGAGCCUCUGGAGGAGGCGUCCUCGAGCCCAAGCGGGGAACACCAGCAUCAUAAUUCCCCAUAAUUUAUGGAUCCCAGGAGGAGGAGGAGGAUUGUUUUGACAGCGGAAUAAUGCAUAAGCCCCGGAAUAUCCCGCUCGCCUGUGAAUCGAAGAGUCAGAAGGGGCCCCCAAGGGCCAUCUAGUCCAGCCCCCUGCGAUGCAGGAAUCUCAGCUCAAGGAUCCCUGACAGAUGGACGAACUGCUAUGAAACCUCCCAAGGAAGGAGAAUCCUUGAUUUGCAGUGUUGGAAGGGGUUCCCAAGGGUCAUCUAGUCCAACCCCCUGCAAUGCAUGAUUCUGAGCCUCUUAGCCUCCGAGGAAGGAGAGUCCGCCACCUCCCGUGGAGGACUGUCAAAUAGUUCUUGCUGUCAGAAGCGCCUGCCUACCAAAAACAGUGUCAGCUGAAGAAAAACCUUUUACUUUAUACUGAGGGACAAAUGUAUGAGGAAAGUCCUGCAGAUGCCGUCCAACCUCUGCUAAGAAACCUCUGUUCCAUUAUCAAACGGCUGUAGCCGUCAGAAAAUUCUUCCUGGUGUUAAGUUGGAAUCUCCUUUCUUGUCACUUGAAGCUCCUGGUUCGAGUCCUGCCCUCCAGAGCAGGAGAAAGCAGGCUUUCUCCACCUUCCAUGCGGCCGCCCUUGAGAUAUUUGAAGAUGGCCAUCGCCUCUUCCAGGCUAAGCAUAUCCAAUCCCCUCAAGCGUUCCUCAUAAGGCUUGGUUUCCAGACCCUUUAUCAUAUUCCUCUGCACACCUUCCAGUUUGAACUGGGAGAUGUUAGAAUAGUUAGCUUCACUCUUUCUGGACCAAUGAGUUAAAAAAACACACUGAGAAAUGGGUGACAGCAGAAGAAAGAACUGGCGCACGAUUGGCUAGCACAAAUAUGCUGGAUAAGGAACACAGAAGAGGAAGCAAACACGGUCAUUGGUUGUGAGGAAGCUUAUACUUCAUUGAAGGUGAUCAGAAAAAGAUAAAAUUGUUGACAAACCGUUUCCAAGCGCUUUACAUUGGAAGAACCAUUGCUGCAAGAAAUAUCUCCGCUUCCUUGGAUGACCACAUUUGGGUUCUAAUAUUAUUAUUACUAUUUUAUUAAAUUUGUUAGUCACUUUAUCUUGCCCAAGACAACUCAAAACUUCCUUAUCUCCACUUUCCCUGCACAAGGCAUAAUUUCAUAUCCUUCCAUCAUCUCAUAAGCACCUCUUCAAACGCAUACGAUGUGCGAGGAGCCCCUAUGCACCGCGCCCAGUACAUGCACUCCCCUUACGACCGGCCCUGGAACCCCCGAUUCUGCAUCAUCUCCGGAAACCAGCUGCUGAUGCUGGAUGAGGAAGAGAUCCACCCCCUGCUCCUUCGAGAACGCCAGCGGGAUCCCGCUCGGAACAAGCUCCUGCGCCGGACCGUCAGCGUCCCUGUGGAAGGGAGACCCCACCCAGAGCACGAGCACCACGCUGCCCGUUCCCGUCGGAAGAGCGUCCCCGGAGGGAAGCAGUACAGCAUCAACAUGGACGCCCCACCCGCUCCGCCCUUCCGGCCCUCGCAGCAGGGAUUCCUCAGCCGGCGCCUGAAGAGCUCCAUCAAGCGCACCAAGAGCCAGCCCAAGCUGGACCGGACCAGCAGCUUCCGCCAAAUGCUGCCCCGCUUCCGCAGCGCCGACCAUGACAGGGCCCGCCUCAUGCAGAGCUUCAAGGAGUCCCACUCCCACGAGUCCCUGCUCAGCCCCAGCAGCGCCGCCGAGGCCCUGGAGCUCAACCUGGACGAGGACUCCAUCAUCAAGCCCGUCCACAGCAGCAUCCUGGGCCAGGAGUUCUGCUUUGAGGUCACCACGUCUUCGGGCACCAAGUGCUUUGCCUGCCGAUCGGCCGCUGAGCGGGACAAGUGGAUCGAGAACCUGCAGAGGGCCGUCAAGCCCAACAAGGACAACAGCCGCCGUGUGGACAACGUCCUGAAGCUGUGGAUCAUUGAGGCGCGGGACCUGCCCCCCAAGAAGCGCUACUACUGCGAGCUGUGCCUGGACGACAUGCUGUACGCGCGGACCACCAGCAAGGUGCGGACAGACAACGUCUUCUGGGGGGAGCACUUUGAGUUCAACAACCUGCCGGCGGUGCGGACCAUCCGGCUGCACCUCUACAAGGACACGGACAAGAAGCGGAAGAAGGACAAGAGCAACUACGUGGGCAUGGUCAGCAUCCCCAUCGCCAGCGUGACGGGCAGGCACUUUGCUGAGCAGUGGUACCCGCUCAGCCAGCCCAGCGCCAGCAAGAGCAAGUCGGGCUGCUGCCCGGCCGUCCGCGUCAAGAGCCGCUUCCAGACGAUGAGCAUCCUCCCCAUGGAGCUCUACAAGGAGUUUGCCGAGUACGUCACCAACAACUACCGCAUGCUCUGCGCCGUCCUGGAGCCCGUCCUCAGCGUCAAGAGCAAGGAGGAGGUGGCCUGCGCCCUGGUCCACAUUCUCCAGAGCACCGGGAAGGCCAAGGACUUCCUGUCCGACAUGGCCAUGACGGAGGUGGACCGCUUUAUGGACCGCGAGCACCUCAUCUUCCGGGAGAACACGCUGGCCACCAAAGCCAUAGAGGAGUAUCUCAAGCUGAUUGGACAAAAAUACCUCAAAGAUGCAAUUGGUGAGUUCAUCCGGGCCCUGUACGAGUCAGAGGAGAACUGCGAGGUGGACCCCAUGAAGUGCUCGGCCUCCACCUUGGCAGACCACCAAGCCAACCUGCGCAUGUGCUGCGAGUUGGCCCUUUGCAAGGUCGUCAACUCUCAUUGUGUGUUCCCGCGGGAGCUGAAGGAGGUCUUUGCAUCCUGGAGGCUGCGCUGCGCCGAGCGGGGCAGGGAGGACAUUGCCGACCGCCUGAUCAGCGCCUCCCUCUUCUUGCGCUUCCUGUGCCCGGCCGUCAUGUCGCCCAGCCUCUUUGGGCUCAUGCAGGAGUACCCGGACGAGCAGACCUCCCGCACCCUCACCCUCAUCGCCAAGGUCAUCCAGAACCUGGCCAACUUCUCCAAGUUUGGGAGCAAAGAGGAGUACAUGGCCUUCAUGAACGAGUUCCUGGAGCUGGAAUGGUCCAGCAUGCAGCAGUUCCUGUACGAGAUCUCCAACCUGGACACCCUCACCAACAGCAGCAGCUUUGAGGGCUACAUCGACCUGGGCCGGGAGCUCUCCACCCUCCACGCCCUCCUCUGGGAGGUCAUGCCUCAGCUCAGCAAGGAAGCCCUCAUCAAGCUGGGGCCCCUGCCCCGCCUCCUCAACGACAUCAGCCUCGCUCUCAGGAACCCCCACAUCCAGCGCCAGCCCAGCCACCAGGGCGAGCGACUUCAGGCCAAGCCCGUCAUCCUCCGGGGACCCUCCACCGACAUGCAGUCCACCUACAUGAUGCGGGACCUCAACAGCUCUGUCGACAUGCAGCCUUACAUGAUGCGAGGCAUGAACAGCUCCAUGGACAUGACCCGCCUGCCAUCGCCCACCAAGGGCGAGAAGGGGGGCUCCAAGGACAUGUUCUUUGUGGCCCGCCCCCCGCUGGCCCGCUCCUCCCCGGCCUACUGCACCAGCAGCUCCGACAUCACCGAGCCGGACCAGAAGGUGCUGAGCGUCAACAAGAGCGUCUCCAUGCUGGACCUCCAAGACAGCCGCAUGAACAGCAUCUCCAACCUCCACAGCGCCGGCGACCUGCUCAACAGCAGCCAGGCCUCCAUCACCGCCGGGCUGGGCCUCCGCCACAGCCGCCUCUCGCAGGGCAGCGGCUCCAGCAUCGCCGCCGGCCUGCGCCUCAGCCAGAUGGGCGUCACCGCCGACGGGGGCGGUGGGGGCACCUCCUCCUCGGCGGCCCAGCAGCUCAGGAUCCCCCUCUCCUUCCAGAACCCCCUCUUCCACAUGGCCUCUGACGGGCCGGCCGGCGGCGGCCCCCUCCACAGCCACGCCCACCCGCACCGGCCGGCGGAGGGGAACCCGGACGCCUUCGCCCCCUUCCACGGCUACAGCAAGAGCGAAGACCUCUCGGCCAGCAAGCACAUCAUCCACAGCCACAGCUACAGCGACGAGUUCACGCGCCAGGGCUCCGAGUUCACCAAGCGCCAGCUCUCCUUGCAGGAGAACCUGCAGAACAUGCUCUCGCCCCCCCAGAUCACCAUCGGGCCCCAGCAGCCCCAGCGCGCAGCCCCUCCGCAGCCCCAGGGCCAGCGGGGCAAGUCCCAGCAGCUGACCGUCUCCUCCGCCCAGAAGCCCCGGCCCUCCAGCGGGAACCUCCUGCAGCCCGAGCCCACCUACGGCCAGGCGCGCCCCCGCCAGCAGUCCGUCAACAAGGAGACCCCCUCCGCCCUCAAGCCAUCCAUCACCAAGCAGCAAUCACACACGCCUUCGACGCUGAACCCUGUCAUGCCGGCCUCCGAGAGGACAGUCGCCUGGGUGUCCAACAUGCCCCACCUCUCUGCGGACAUUGAGAGCUCCCACAUUGAGCGGGAGGAGUACAAGCUGAAGGAGUACUCCAAGUCCAUGGACGAGAGUCGGCUGGACCGGGUGAAAGAGUAUGAGGAGGAGAUCCACUCUUUGAAGGAGCGGCUGCACAUGUCCAACCGGAAGCUGGAGGAGUACGAGCGGCGCCUGCUGAGCCAGGAGGAGCAGACCAGCAAGAUCCUGCAGCAGUACCAGCAGCGGCUGGAGCAGAGCGAGAAGCGCCUCCGGCAGCAGCAGGUGGAGAAGGACUCCCAGAUCAAGAGCAUCAUUGGCAGCCUGUCCCUGCAGGUUGAUGCUGGUGGAGGAGGAGCUGCGCAGGGAUCACUCGGCCGCCCUCGACGCCUCCGAACCGCGGAAGCGGCUGCUCGACGCUCAGCUGUUCACCAGGUAACUCUGUAUGACUCAGCUUUUCUCACAUGGAGGGAUCGGGGGGACACCCGCCACUCAGUAGCCGACCAGGAGAGGCAGCUUUCCGCCGUGGGUGCAGCAAACCCGCGUCUGAGCGCCGCUAUGGGGCAGCCCUGGAACGGGAUCCACUCCGGGCCACCGCCUCCGCCCCCGCGACUCCAGAUCACGGAAAAUGGAGAGUUUCGCAACACCGUGUCUGAGCACUAGCGGCCGCCCCCUGCCUCCCCCCACCUCCCUGAGCCGCUGUGGGGUGGGUGGGGCGGGGCGGGGGUCCGGCCUGCCUGCCUGCCUCCGGGCGCAGGGAGGGGGCCGGGAACAUUUUCAGGGUGUUUUAUAGCAGGACACAGACGACAAUCUUAACCCCCCCAUCACACCCUCUCUGACCCCCACCCCUCCCCUCCCCACAGAGCACCGCCUUCCCCUGCUCUGCCCCCAAACAGAGUGGGGGUUCUCCCUCCCUCCCCCCCCAGGUAUUUCUCAGGAGUGGCAUCCCCUUCCUCCUCCCCACCUGCUCCCCCCCCAUGGCAGCAUUGACCUCCCCCUCCCAAGGCAGCAGCCCCAGCAAGGGGGGGGAGGGCGCUGGUCCCUCUUGGCCCCCCCUCCCGGGCCCCCCCUCUGCUGUUGGGGUGGGGGGGCAGGAAGUUCGCCUGCAGGGGGGAGGCUGGUCCCGAUUCCCUUGCCACGCGCACUUGCCUCAGCCAGCUGCCAUGGCGGGUGGGGGCUGCCCCCCCACUUGCUCAUUUUCUU